AUGGUGACUACCAAGCGUUUCUCGGUCCCAUCUGGUGCCGUCGCGAGGGUGAGGAUCAUCAAUUCGACCACCAAAAUCAAUGGACUUCCCACAGACUACCUCAUGACACCUCCAAUGCCAGGCAUGGAAUUCAUGCCCGAGAUCCCUACUUGGUCAUUUCUCGUCGAGAGCACCACCGGCAAGAAGGCAUUGUUUGAUCUCGGGGUGCCACCAAAUUGGCGUGACUUUUCUCCGGUCGUUGUCGAUGGCCUGGUCAAACGAGGUUGGGAAAUCUCUGGCGAUAAGCAUGUUGCCGACAUUAUCAAAGAAGAGGGACUGGAUCCGUCACAAAUUAACAGUAUUGUGUGGAGCCACUGGCAUUGGGACCAUCUGGGAGACCCAUCGACUUUUCCCUCGUCUACCGAGCUAGUGGUAGGUCCAGGUUUCAAAGAGGCCUUCUUUCCGGGAUACCCGGCGAAGAAAGACUCGCCGGUCCGUGAAAGUGAUUUCAGAGGUCGACAUGUGCGGGAGAUCAGUUUUGAGGACAAGGGCGUCCUCCAGAUAGGUCAAUUCAGGGCAUUCGAUCUCUUCGGAGACGGGUCUUUCUACUUGCUUGAUACACCGGGCCACGCCGUGGGACACUUGGCGGGCCUCGCCAGAACGACCCCCGACACUUUUAUCAUGAUGGGUGGUGAUUUGUGCCACCAUGCAGGUGAAUUGCGACCUUCCGAGCUAUUGCCUCUGCCCUCGGAGAUCCGAUUAGAGGCCCUGAGUCACUACCGCGGUGGUGUCUGCCCCGGAGCCGAUUUUGAGCAGGUUCAGAAAUCUCGAGCGAGAGGUCCAACUCAGACUUUCUUUGAUCCGAACAUGGGGCUGGACAUACCCGAGGCUCUUCGUACCAUCAAGAAGGUUCAAGAGGCAGAUGCCGAGGACAAUGUCCUAUUCAUCUACGCUCACGAUGGUACUAUCAAGGGCGUGAUGGACUUUUUUCCAGCUGAAGCAAAUGAGUGGAAGGCCAAGGGGGUACGCCAGAAGGUUUACUGGAGGUUCCUCGAAGAUUUCAAAGGUGCCUUGACAGGUUAG